AUGGUUCACAAAUUGGUGAUAUUGAGACAUGGCGAGUCGCAAUGGAACCACGAGAACAAGUUCUGUGGCUGGAUCGAUAUCCCAUUGUCGCAGAAAGGUGAACAAGAAGCACGAUUUGCAGGGCAAUUGAUCAAGAAAGAAGGAAUAAAACCAACCAUAAUGUACACUUCAAAGUUGAGUCGGCUGAUCAAAUCUGGCCAUAUCAUCUUGGAGGAAUUGGACCGGUUAUGGGUCGACACUAUCAAAACGUGGCGUCUUAAUGAAAGGCAUUAUGGUGCUUAUCAAGGAGAAGACAAAUCUGAAAUUUACAAGCAAUUGGGACCAGAAAAGUACCAAUAUGUUCGUCGAAAUUUUAAGGCAAUUCCUCCUUUGGCCCCCAAAGACUCACCAAAUGACGGCGCCUUGGACGAAAGGUAUGAUAAUAUAGACAUCGACAAACAUACACUUCCGCGCGGCGAGUCUCUCGAGUUGGUGAUGAAAAGACUCAUCCCAUAUUUCGACCGCGAGAUCAUUCACCACGAGCUUCUAGAACACGACCGAACGGUUCUUAUAGUCACACAUGGCUCAAUUGUGCGCAGUUUGAUCAAAUAUUUGAGCAAUGUGAGUGACGAUGAUAUCUCCAAAAUCAAUGUUCCUACAGGAGUUCCAUUGGUAUUUGAAUUAGACAAUGAUGGAAAUCUAACGAAAGACUAUUACUACUUGGACCCGGAAUUGGCGAAAAAGGGUAUAGAAAAGGUGAAGAAUGAGGGACAGGCAUAA